AUGAUUGGAUGGAAGGAAGAUAAAGCACCUUUGUCAAAGAGUCUGCUACUAGUCCCAAGUGCCAUCUCGAUUCUAUUGACUCUGCUCUUCCAACAUUAUCAGAAGUUCUUUGCCUAUAACCUACAAGCUAUAAAAGACGAUUUUCAGAUUUGGAGACUUGUAUGUGGGAGAACAAUAUGUCUUGAUUUGAAAGACACAUUUUGCAGCAGUCUGCUCAUUUACAACUUUAGAAUAUUUGAAAGAAGAUAUGGCAGCAGAAAAUUUUCAUCCUUUUUACUGGGUGCUUGGAUGCUCUCAGCUUUGUUUGAUCUUCUCCUUGUAGAAAUCACUCAGUAUAUAUUUGGCAUCACCAUCAACAGCUUGCCUUCUGGUUUCUUGGGUCCUGUGUUUGCUUUGUUUGUACCAUUUUAUUCCUCCAUUCCAAGAGUGCAAGUGGCACAAGUACUAGGCCAUUUUUCUAUCACAAACAAGACACUGGUCUACAUAUUGGGUUUACAGCUCUUAACCUCCGGUUCCUACAUCUGGAUUUUAGCCUUAAGUGGAUUGGUUUCUGGGAUUUGCUACAAUAGCAGUAUAUUAAAAGUUCAUCGAAUUCUUUGUGUACCCAGCUGGGUAGCAAAGAUCUUUUCUUGGACUCUUGAACCAAUCUUCUCAUCUGCGGAACCAACAAAUGAAGUUCAAGUAGGAAUGGGAGCAACAGUUGAUAUCCAGAGGCAGCAGAGGAUGGAGUUACUGGAUCGUCAAAUCAUGAUGUCUCAGGUUGCCCAAAUGAGGCGGCAAAGGCAGCAGCAGGGUGGGAUGAUUAACUGGAAUAGACUGUUUCCUCCUUUACGUCAUAGACAUAAUGCGAAUUAUCAAGAUCAUCGCCCGUCUGAACAAGACACGCCUCCACCUACAGAGGUUUCUGAAGAGCAGGUUGCACGACUUAUGGAAAUGGGAUUUUCCAGGGGAGAUGCUCUAGAAGCUCUGAGAGCUUCAAAUAAUGACUUAAAUGUAGCCACUAAUUUUCUACUGCAGCACUGAUGGUUUUCUGUGUGAAGGAACUUCACUUGAUGGGUUUGUACACGUCUGAAAGAGGAUCAAAGCCACCUGCUGGACAGACUCACGAAGGUCGUCCCCACAAGAGCGUCAGAAAAGAGAAACUGGCUCCGUGUGACUGGUGAUUCGAAAUGAUGUUAACAAAUGAGGUGAACUGUUCCCAAGCCUUCAGAUCACUUGGCUGUUUCUAGUCUGGUUAUCCUUUUCAAAGUAACUUUAGUUUCUACUUAUUACUGGAUAUCACCUAAAUUUAUUUUUUAAAUAAAGUAGGUGAUUUUUUUUUCUUGUAAAUCCUUGUUAGACGUGUUAUCAGACUUAAUGACUAGGAAUAGAAGCUCCAUCAACGUCAACAACUAGAUUUACCUAUCAAGAAAAAUCAUAUUUUCUUCACUUACCAGUUGUAAUUUAUCUAGCUUAUGUGUUAUUUUACGGUACUUGGGUUUUGAUUACAGUAAUAAGAGGUUUGAAGAUUGCUUCAUUUUCAACUCAGCAAAGGGUUAUGGGACUAUUAUGUCAUUCUUUGGAAAGUUUUAUUAAUGCCUGUAAUGUUUUAUUUCUUGAAUAUCUUUUUAAAUAAAAGUUGUCAUUCAGCACAUGAUACACGGAUAGGAUGAGGGAAGACUCACGUGCGUAGUGCUCACUGUAAAUUUAAAUUUUUACAAAGUGAGUGAAUCACUAUUCUGAUAUAGGUCAUAAAGAUACUCACUGGAAGCAAUAAAGUUGAAUUGAGUGAUGCAGUAAGAUCAGAACUGAAAUUAUUUUAAUUAAUUCCAUGUCUAAUUCAGACAGACUUCUGUAACAAUGGAUGUAUGCUCAGUGUCCUAUAUGCUGGUUUCAUUUUUUGAGCUGGCUACAUACUGUCUUAAAAAAAAAAAAAAGAUAACUUUUCUAUACAUAGUUCUAGUUUUCUACCGUCAAAGAUGUGGAUGACCCUGCAUUUGCUGAAUCCUCACUGUCUGAAGCAACUUCCUGUUGAUCACAGACUGGAAUAUUAAGCUUAAGGGUGGUUCAGGAUAACAGAGGAGGUAACAGGACAGUAAUGCCAAGGUAGUACAAUAUUGAGUUUGAAGUUUAGAUUGAUAAAUAAUCUUGCUUGGCUUGACUCCCAGAAGUGCUCAGUAUUGGCACCUUAGGAGUUUCAGGAAGUGGGGUGGAGAGCAGUGAACAUCUCGAUAAAACCGAGCUGAAGUAAUACAAGAUUCCAAAAUGCAAUUCCGUGUAACCAAUCUACACGUGUAUCUUAAGCAUUUAUUGUAUGUUUCUGUAUGUACUUGUGUUUGUAUAUCAUGAGUAUAUGUGUCUAUUUAUAUACACACAGGCAUAUUUAAUACAUAAAUACAUCUAGAAUAAGAUACAGGUCAUCAGAAGUGAAACAAAGGCAAUAGCAGGUGCAAAGGGAAGGAGAUAAAAGAAUACAGGAGAGAGAAGGAUGUUUUUGGAAAUCCAAAUCAGCAUGUGCAUACCAAAGUACAGAUCUACGCAGUCUCACCUGACCUGAAAAAUAUACUGGGAAAUGACAGGACAAGAUUUAGGGAGAGAGAGGUAUCUUUCUUUUUCUCUUUUGAUUGACGGAUAAAAGUCCUUCAGGCAUACAAGUCCUUAUCCAGAAAUUACAUCAAAUUUGUGCAGUGUUUGGCACAUGACAUAAUUUUAAUAAAGUCGAUGUCCUGUAUGUAUUUUUUAGUAUUUUCCAGUAGUUGAAAGAAGGGGGUUUUGGAAUGACCGUGUGUUUUCCUGGGCUUUGAUCAACCUCCUUCAGAGUUCGGCUUGGUGGUAUGAUCACAUUAUUUAGGCAGGGUCUGCUUUUUAAUUGAAAGGUUUUGUUUGUGUGAAGCUGAGUGGCGCUCUGUGUGUGUAGGCUAGGGACAUUUCUUCACCCAGAGAACUCUGGAGACCUGUCUUAGAAAGCAAAGGGCAAAUAUAAGAAAAAAAGCCCUACAGUAAUUUGCAUAUGAAAACUAGUUAAAUGUUUUGAAACAAGUACAGGUUUUAAUUUUGAAACAUACAGAUUCUUUCUUCACAAAUAUUUGAUCAAAAGUAGCAAUAAAGACUAGUGAAUUACUUUAGAAGUCAAGUUUUGUCUGUAGGAGAUUGUCCACCUAGCCCAGGGUAAAUUAAAUACGACCUGUGCCCCUUCAUUGCCCUGCUCUAGGGACAUGCACAGAGAGCAUUUAUUCCUUGGAAUUUUAAAACCUGUUGAGUAGCAUCUGGGACAUCUAAGUGGAUCUUCUCAAAGUCUAAAUCCUUUCUUUUUAUGACCUGUACAAGGGGUAUCCAGAUGUCACAGUUGUGUGGAAAAUCCCGUUUUGCUGGGAAUUUCGCAAAAUGUUGUCAAACAUAAGGGGUAGAAUUCAGGUCUUGGUGAUGUCACUUGAAAACUCCCCUUGACGUCUGUGGGAACAGUUUGUGCUCAAAAUACUCCCAGGGUUGUGAUUUCCAAUUUAAAAAAAAAAAAGAA